AUGCAAGCCGACAACCUGGCAGAGGCGUCAAAGCACGUCGGGGACCAGAUCAACGAUGUCCUGGUUCACUCAAAGUCCAUCUUUGAGCAAUCCAAGGAGAUCGCUACCACUCAAGCAGAACUGAGUAAAGGGCAAAUGGAGAUGUGGGGGCAGAUUGAGGCCGGUAUGGCACGUAUUGAGGAAUCAUAUGAAAGACUAGCAAAUGGGAUGGAUAAGCUAAAAGAAGAGACUGAAUAUAUACAAAGGGAAAUUAAAAGUGCUUUUGAGUCAAUGUCUUCGGAGAUACAGGAUUUGCAGAGCACUGGCGAUGACAUUGGAAGUGUUGCUGGCAAGUCACUGGAGAACCAAAUGCAGCUACUGAAUGGACAGACCCAGGUCAUGGAUGGACUGAAUAAGCUCCACGGCUUUCAAGCACAAGCUCUUGAAGAAAGCAGGGAAACAAUUCAGAAACUUGCACAGUUUGGCCAACGUAAGCAGGAAGAGCUACUGUCCCGGCAGGAAGAAAUCCGGCAAGCUCAUGAGCAUCUCAUCCAAAAUUCUCACUCCAUACUGGAAGCACAGGAAGAGUUCAGAGCAAAGCAAGCUAACAUUUUUGCUGCUCUGGACAAGUUGUACAUUCUGCACAAUGCUAUUCUAGCCGAGUCUCGCUUCAUCGAGGCCUUCUUCUUCUAUUGCUGCAUUGUGUUCCUCAUCUACAUGCUCACCAGUGCAAAGCAAACGUUCAGCAUCAGGGGCCAGCUCUAUUUCGGUCUGUGCAUUACACUUCUGUUGGAGAUUGGGUUGAUCAAACUCGGUGUCGACGACUUCGACAAGCAGUUCUGGGUCAUGUCCAAGGUGUUCUUGGUCCGAAUGAUGUUCCUCGGCGCUGCCACUAUUCAGAUCCUGCACUCCAUAUUCACCUACAGGGACUACGAGGUUCUGAACCAUGGGCUGCUCCUCCAGACAUUGGUGGAGAAGGUCCAGGCACUGGAGGAAAAGGCCGGCGGGAGGGCGCUGUCAUACGGCUCGGAGGAGGAGGAGGAGAGCUUGAGGGACUACUCGUGGGUCUUCGACGAGCUGGCAGACGAGGUGGACAGCAAGAUGGACCCAACAUAUGUCUUGCCGCCGGAGUGGUCGCCUCCAAACCGAAGGCGCAACCAAGUCAUCAUGGCGGAGGAGAUCGGCGAGAAUUCCAUCACGAUGUCGGUCUCCCGGAAGUACAAUCUGCGGCCACGGAAAUAG